AUGCCAUUCUGGAAAAAAGACCAAGCUAACAAAGAAUUAUACACGAGCGUUGUUCAAGGUUUAAAGCAAAUCUAUUCAACGAAGCUAUUACCACUUGAAGAAGCAUAUAGAUUUCAUGAAUUUCAUUCCUCACAAUUGGAAGACAGCGAUUUCGCCGCGAAACCAAUGGUUUUGCUUGUUGGACAGUACUCGGUCGGUAAAACAACAUUUAUUCGAUACUUACUAAAUGAAGAUUUUCCGGGCAUUCGAAUUGGGCCAGAGCCAACAACGGAUUCAUUUAUUUCGAUUAUGUACAAUGAUCACCCAGGGGUUGUGCCAGGCAAUGCUUUAGUUGUCGAUCCAACAAAACCGUUUCGACCGUUGUCGAAAUUUGGCAACGCUUUCCUGAAUCGAUUUGUUUCUUCACAAUUGAAGAACGAUAUUCUCGAAACGAUUACCUUUGUUGAUACACCAGGUAUCUUAGCGGGUGAAAAGCAACGUGUCGAUCGUGGUUAUGAAUUCAGUCACGUACUUGAAUGGUUUGCCGAUCGUUGUGAUCGAAUUUUGUUACUAUUCGAUGUGACAUCGUUGGAUAUAUCCGAUGAAUUGAAACGCGCGAUCGAAGUUUUAAGACGAAAUGAUGAUAAGAUACGUAUUGUUCUAAACAAAGCAGAUAGUAUUGAUCAGCAAGCGCUCAUGCGUGUUUAUGGCGCACUGAUGUGGUCAUUAGGAAAAGUUCUGGGUACGCCAGAAGUUUGCCGAGUUUAUGUUGGAUCAUUCUGGUCAAAACCGCUACAAUUUGAUUUUAAUCGACGUUUGUUCGAAUUAGAAGCUAAAGAUUUAUUUAGUGAUUUGGAAUCGUUACCAAGAACAGCAACACUUCGAAAACUAAAUGACUUGAUCAAACGUGCACGAUUAGCUCGAGUGCACGCGAUGAUCAUCAGCGAAUUGAAAGAAAGUAUGCCAAGUGUAUUUGGUAAAGAUACAAAACGUCGAGAAUUGAUCAAUAAUUUGCAUUUGAUUUACGAAAAAAUUGAACGCGAGCAAAAUAUUCCAUUAGGCGAUUUUCCGAAACUAGAUCGUAUGCAAGAAAUUUUACGCAACAUGGAUUUUACAAAAUUUAAAUCUCUCGAUCGAAAGAUACUCGAUCGCGUCGAUAAAAUGCUUGCUGAAGAUGUACCUCGAUUGAUGAACAUGUUGCCACGCGAAGAACAAGCAUACAUGGCUUCAGCUGCCCAAAACGAAAGUAAACUGACUCAAUUAGGAAGCACAAUAUUUCACGAUCAGGAAGAUACUCCGUUCGGAGAGGGCACCGUUGAAGGUAUCAAUGCUGGUAAAGGUGAAUAUGAAUGGAUUGUUGAACGUUCGAGAGGCGAAUACGAUCAAAUAUUUGCUCAAUUGUCACCACAGAAUGGUAAAGUUAGCGGUGCCUCUGCGAGACAAGAAAUGAUCAAGUCAAAAUUGCCAAACAAUGUUCUCGGUCGUGUUUGGAAACUGAGUGAUAUUGACAAAGAUGGCAUGCUCGAUAUUGAUGAAUGGGCGCUCGCUCAACAUCUUAUUAAAAUUAAACUCGAGGGUCAUGAAUUACCAACAACGCUACCUGAUCAUCUUGUUCCACCAAGCAAACGCCAUCUGAUCAGUAAUAACAACACAAAUACCACUACUACAAGUGGAAUUUAUCCUACAAUCAGUAAUAAUUACGGCGGCGGUUACAGUUGA